GUGUGAGCAGGCAACUGAUUCUGAAGAGCAGAGAAGAGAAACCUGCCCGGAAAAUAUUCGACCGAUCUGAACUUCAUUCUAAAGAGUUCUUCGUACAUUUUCUAGGUUCUUGUCAUCUGACAAGCAUUCGAGAGAGCAGCCAGGAGCAGCCAGGCAUCAAUCGGCAUCUUCCUCAAAGCAAGCCCACUCAAACUUUCUCCGCACAUAACAAUGAAAAGCGCGAAGAUGACAGCUACGUCCUUGACUGUUGUGCUGCUAGUCCUAGGUCACGCAACGGCUCAGAGUUCCUUCAAGAAGAACUUGGCAACACCCAAACCAGCAAAACCAGCACAAUGCUGCGAUGAGGUGCGCUCUCUGAAGGUUCAGGUGGCCAGUCUGACCAGCAUAUUGGAAGAAAUGAGCAGGAAGCAGGAGUCUGACCUUAUGAAGGUCGUGCGGCAGAUGAUGGAGCUGGAAAAGCUUAACCAGCAGCAUGAGGCCAGGGUCACAGAGGCCGAGAGCAAGUAUUCAGAAAUCUACAAUCAGAUUGAAAUCAUGCAGCUGCAGGCUGCACAAUCUGCUCCACAGCAGAGCACUUCAGAUGCAAUCUAUGAUUGCGCAUCCCUAUAUCACAAGAACUACAAAAUAUCUGGAGAGUAUAAACUACCAAAAGAUGACUUCCUUGGAACCCCUGAACUAAACGUAUUUUGUGACAUGGAGAACAAUGGUGGUGGCUGGACCGUCAUUCAGAGACGCAAGGUUGGUCUGACAAGCUUCAACCGCGACUGGAAGCAGUACAAGAAUGGUUUUGGUGCAAUCCGUGGUGACUUCUGGCUCGGCAAUGAUAACAUCUUUCGUCUGACUAGACAGCCCACAGUGCUGAGAAUAGAGAUGGAGGACUGGGAGGGCGAGACACGCUACGCUGAAUACGGUUUCUUUACAGUAAUGAACGAGAUGAACAGCUACAAGCUCCUGCUUGCCAAUUACAGUGGAAACGCUGGCGACUCUCUACGUUACCACAAUAAUACCAACUUCAGCACUAAAAACAAGGACAAUGACAAGUGUGUGGACAACUGUGCAGAACUUCGCCAUGGUGGAUACUGGUACAACUGCUGCACUGACUCAAAUCUAAAUGGUGUGUUUUACCGCCAUGGAUUACAUACCAAGAAUACAGAUGGCAUCUCUUGGUACGGAUGGCACGGACCAAACUAUUCACUGAAACGGGUGGAGAUGAAGAUCCGACCACAAACCUUUGUGCCAUAAAGACUUUGGCCAAAACCAAAUUUACGUUCCUGCUCACCACUAAACCUUGGCAUCAAUGGAUCAACAUAAUCUACAGCUUAAACUGGGCAAACUUUUUUUUCAGGGGGAAUGCAUUUGUAUGACAGAAUGUUAG